CAAACAAAUAACAAAUUAUAUAUUUGCAAGUUACAACCUCCGAAAACAAUAAAUAUCUGAUUAAAUUAUGUCGAACGAUAAUGUAUUAUACAAGCCAGUAAUUACUCGAGAAAUGGUUCAAAUUUUACCCAGUGUUGCAAGUCCGAAGGGGGUGAUGAGGAGCAGUCCGAGAUGGAAGCUGAGUUAGAAGCUGAGGAAGAACCAGAGGAGUCUGAAAAUAUCGAUGAAAAGUACGCCUGGAAUGCACCAUGCAUGAUGGUUAUUUUCUCAGAUGGCGAUCUCAAUUGUGCGCUUCAUCAUCUUGUAGAAUCUCUGCAGGAUCCUUUUGCCCUGGAUGCGGUGGCAGUACUUUUGGUACAGGAAAGUCUAGUGGAAGAACUCGAAUGUCGAGUAGUGACUCUAAUGAAACCCUUGGAUAGCAGGGUGUCCAAUCAUCCUUGCUACAAACGUUCUCUGCUCAAGAUUGCCGAACUAAAACCGAAAACAAUAGUAGGACCCUCUGACAUUGUAAUGCCUGAUGCCACGCCCAUUUUGGUGCGGGAUAUUCCACAUAAAUUUCUGAGCGAAGGACCCACUGGCAUUAUUACCAUGCACAUUUUUCGUACCCCCUUUGAGGCCACUCGGAUCUAUCGAAAGGAAUAUCCCCUGCCCAUCGCAUCGGUUAGCAUUUGGAACGAAAGGGUAUCCAGCGUCUAUGAAGUGGUGGGCAUGAUGAAUUUCUUCGAUACCUUUAAGGUCAACUGCUUCAGGGUCGAUAUGGAGCCCAUCAAACGGACAUUCGAGUUGCGCAAAUAUAGUGCCUGUAUGAAAAGGGGCUAUCACUAUGAAACGCUGCUCAUAAAUGGCCAUCGCAAAAUCAUCAUUUUUCCGGUGGGAACUAUUUUUGGUAACUGAUGUGUAAACUAAAUA